GCCAUAGCUUAGACAUGUCGCCAAGGUUCCCUGGUGUCAUACCGCUCGAAAGAUUGCCAUAGUUACCACUUUAACCUAGCCUAUUAUCAAAUAUGUAUCUGAUGAAAACCCCCUUUUCUCUUCUCCCCCCUUUCGAUAGCAGAAGAGUGGGUUACGCUAACAGAUGCAAUAUGCGGGGUUGGGUAUCUAUACCGAUACCGACUUCCCAUUAUAUAAUCGUACAAAGUGGCGUCCGAGACAUUGAGACUUCUCAUCAAUCCUCUAUUAUCGGAAUUUUGAUAUAUUCGAAGUAAACAUGGAUUCGCAGGUCAAGUACCUUCUUUCACUUCAAGCGAUUCGAGACCGCGCUAAGAUCGUGGGAGAGGUGGCUAAGGCUGGGAACCUGACUCAUUUCGAUCUUCACGAAGAUAAGCUCGAUGAUGUUGCGGAUUUCGUGACUUCUGUUAUUAAGCGUGACUUCGGCCCGGAUAAGUUCGACUCAAUCCCGCCUCAUGGCCGCUGGCAGCACUUCGAGGUCGGCGGCGUGCCGCGCGUCGCGGACAUGACGGAGGAGUGGAAGAAAGGCGGAUGCGAUGACGUCGAGCUUACCCGUCGUUUGAUCGACCUGUUCUUCGUCUCUGUGCUCUUGGAUGCCGGUGCCGGUGAUCAUUGGCGGUACGUCGAGCCCGGGACAAGCCGGACGUACGAGCGCAGCGAGGGAAUCGCCGUGGCGAGUCUUUAUAUGUUUAAGGCUCUGGAUUUCGCCGCUUCGAAGGAUGGGUCCGCUCCUAGGGUUGAUGGGAAGGGCCUGGAGCAAUUGACGACGGAGGCACUGACGACAGGCUUCCAGGUGUCUGACAGCAACCCAAUGCUAGGAAUGGAGUCCCGUGCAGGUCUUCUCAGAAGCCUGGGGAAAUCUCUCCUUGCUCACUCAGACGUAUUCGGAACCGAGGGCCGUCCAGGUAACCUCGUCGAUCAUAUGCUAAAAACCGCUGGGGACUCCCCAAAGCUCGAUAUCCUCAUCUUCUGGGACGUCCUCCAAACCCUGCUCAUCCCCAUCUGGCCCCAGGACCGGACGACCGUCAACGGCUUCCCUAUCGGCGACGCCUGGACGCUUAGUACUCUGCAGAAACAGACCAAAUCCAGCGACACCGCGGACUACAUCCAGCCCUUCCACAAGCUCACACAGUGGCUCACGUACUCGCUCAUGGUGCCCUUCCAACGGGUCCUCGGGAAACAAUGGGUCAACGCGGAGUUUCUAACCGCCCUCCCAGAAUACCGCAACGGCGGGUUAUUCGUAGACCUAGGUGUCCUGUCUCUCAAAAAGGAGACACUAGACCGCGGGCUUCAGGCAUCUGGUCAUUCACUUCCGCUCUUCGACGCAGGCGAUGACGUCAUCGUAGAGUGGCGCGCCAUGACGUUGGUGCUAAUCGAUAUCCUGUAUAAAAAGAUCCUGGAGAGGAUGGACAGUGGUGUGAGCUUGUCCAUGGCCCAGGUUCUAGAGGCCGGGACGUGGAAGUCGGGACGCGAGGUGGCGGCGCAGCGGAGGCCGGAGACGAAGUCGAGCCCGAUUAUUAUUAAGAGUGAUGGUACUGUGUUUUAAUAGGGGUUCAUGAUGGAUUAUCGAUGUAACCUAAAAUAGGGUCCGGUUCGUUAGAUUUAACGAGGUUAGAAUGAAGAAAAAAAAGGGACCUAUGUGUUAAUUCUAUUGUAUCGCUUGUGAUGAGGACUAUCCCCUAGGUUACACAACCAAUUACAAUUAGUGUGCAUUUUACCUAUAUGGGUGGGGA